GGAAGCAGAGAAGGAGGAGAAGUGAUAGAGAGUUAAGGAGAAAGACAGAGACUGAGACGAACCGAGUGAGAAAGUGAUAGACAGAUGGAUAGAUAGAGAGGGGAACGUAAGCCCAUAUGAAAAGAAAAAGCGAGGUGUGUUACAGCAGCAGCAAGUGCGACGGUGAUUUCUUUGGCGAAAAUAACCAUGGUUUUGGCGUGCUUCGAUUAAGACGGAUGAAGAGUGAAGCCACUGUUGCUGCUGCUGUUGGAUCUCAGGCAAUGGACGACGAGGAAACUGAAGAGGCGACCCCAAGAAGCACUUUUAGAUGUCGGCGGCAAUUGCAGGUUCUCCACAUCGUUUGAAGAUGUUUCAGCCAUCAAAAGUGAACCUCAAUAUUUAUCCUUCAGAUGCAGAUUGCUGAAAAAAUGAUUCUUCACGCUGUCUCUCCGGUUUCCCAGUUGAUUAUUAUUAUUAUUCUCCUGUUGGCUUUUACAUCUUUGGUGGAGGUCACAUGCUGCCAAGUCGGCUGCAACUGCAACGACAGCCUUUCCUUGACUUGCUUCGGUAUCGACAAACUCGAAGAAAAUGUGCCGCCGUACGUCCGCAACAUCACCAUAAAUGGACAUCUGAAAGAAUUCUCAGCUCAGUCUCUCUUACCGGCCAACGUCUUCAAUCUCGAUUUGAGUUCCAACGAAUUGACUGGCAUCUCUUCAGAGUCUUUUGACGGCCUCACCAGUUUAGCAUACCUAAACCUCAGCAGGAACAACAUCACAAACAUAUCUCAGGAUGCCUUUUUAACUUUAACCAACCUCGUCUCCUUAGACUUAAGCAACAAUAAGCUAGCAGCACUGCUGACAGGUGUAUUUUCUCAUUUGGUUCAUUUGGAAUAUCUUGACUUACACAAUAAUUUUCUUCCAGUAUUACCAAAUUCCAUCUUCAAACCUUUAGAAAAUUUAGAAAUGUUGGAUUUGUCCUACAACUACUUAACCUACAUACCGCCUUUGACACUCAUGAACAACAGUAUUCUAAAAACGGUCGACCUGCGCCACAACUUGCUUCAGACAUUCCAUGAAGAUUUGCUAUUGUCGUUUAGCAAUCUGCAUCAGGUAUCGCUGGAAGGGAACCCGAUCGAUUGUUCUUGUGUUGUGCAAGAGUUUUUGGUUGCUUAUAACAACAAUCCUGAACUUUUCUAUAAUUUUCAGAACCUUACAUGUCAUUCUCCGCCUUCACUCGCAGGGGACCAGGUGUUGUUUUUGAAUUACACUGACGUAUUAUGUGAAGGACCGCAUCUGGACUUUGUAAGUGCCAACAUGUCUAUAGUUAGUCAUCAAAAUAUCCGCUUAGAUUGCAAUGCUACAGGUUCUCCCAGACCCAGCAUCGUCUGGGUAACCCCCUGGGGUGACCUAUUUGCACACGAUAUGCAUCUGCAUCUAUUGACUUCGAUAUCACAGCCGUUUCUCAUGAAGCACACUUAUUUAGAUUCUAAAUACAGUUCCGAUAUUUACAUAUCGAAUAACGGGUCGCUAUUCAUCCAGAAUUUACGUGGCUAUUUUGGUGGUCGGUUCCGUUGUUUAGCAAUUAACCCCCUAGGGAACAAUUCAGCAACACUAGUUUUAAAGGUUUACUCCCUAAUUCCGUCAGUCUACACUAUGAGUCUUGUUGUCAGUCUUGGUGCAUCCCUUUCUUUCCUUUUGCUGGGGAUCUUGUUUGGGUCCAUCCGUAUCCUCGUACACGUAAUUAACAAACGCAAAAAGAAUUUCAAAGUCUCGGACCAAGAUCCAGAAAUCCAACCAGUCGAAAUCAACUCUUCUACGGAAAUCGAAAAGAUCAGUACCUGCACCAACUCGGAUUUUUCUUCAUUUGGUUCCAUACCAUACCUAGACCAUUCUCCAGGGGCCUCCCCUCUCAAGUGUACCACGCCAGUGGCCGAUUUCGACGACUACUACGAGAAGGUAUCGCCGGACACCAACAUUCGGGAGACCCUCGACGAAGUGAGAGCUCGCUUGAUGUACGGAGUUGAAAGAAGAAUGUUGAAGAUGCGGUGCCACGUUCAAACCAUUCGUGAUACAAGCAGCCAGUACAUGCAUUCAAUUAAGGACACUGGUAGCCAUUAUGUACAAUCUUUAAGAGAGUCCAGCAGCUACGCUGCCAAUCGUGUGCGGGCUGGGGUUGUGUUAGGAGUCGAGCAAGUGAAAUACCACGUGCAAUCCAUCAAGGAACUUUGCGGUACCGGAGAAAUGGGCUCCCAUACAGUCUCAACAAUAUCUGUUUCCACCGAUGUCGACACUCAAAGAAGAACAGAAAUCAUUAAAUCCUAUACUUACGUGUGAUUUUUUAAAAAAAAACAAUUUGUUUUUUUUUUUUUAAGUUUUUUUUUAAAAUUUCCAUUCUAAAUGUCUGCGGUGACACGUAGCAUAACAAGGAAAUAGCAAAAACAAAAAUAAUAUUAAUUAUAAUAAUACUAAUAAAUUUUAAAAUUAAAAUUUGAAAACUAAAACUUAAAAUAAAGCCACACCAAAACAAA